UGCUAAAAACCAUUAAUUUUUUACUAUCAACAAGAACUCUGUAGGAAAGACUCAUAUGUGUUUUUAGAGUGUAAUAUUCAGUUUCAUAUAAAAUUAAACUAAUUAAAUAUGGAAGAAUUACGUACUUUUAAAACGAUUAUAAUUGUUUUAAUUCAAUGAAACAAUGCAGUAAAUAUAUGUAAAGGCAGAUACCAGAUGAAUCACAAAGGCACAGUGGGAAUCUCCAAUAUGCAAGAAUUUAAUUGCAAAAAUUCCAAAUACAUGAAUCAUCAACUGAUAUACUGAAUAGAAGACAAUGGAAACAUGAAACUAAAAAUCAGUUUUAUAGAAAAGAAAAAAUAAAAUGGAUAUUUCAUCCACAGGCAAUUGCAACCAAAGUGUGCUAUCAAACAAGCCUGGACAUAAGAAAGUGGAUAAGAGGUCAUUUUUUCAGUAUCGCUAUCUAGUGACUUUCUUGGAAUUUUUAGCAUUUUUUGACAUAAACGCUUAUAGGCUAGCCACAAGCAUCAGUGUGGUUGCCAUGGUGAAUAACUCAGCGGUCAACUCACAUAAAAGUUCAAACGUUACUGUAGAUUCCUGUCCCGUAAACUCUUCAAUUACUGAGGAAAACAAUGCAGCUCUAGAAGCGAUAGGAGAAUUUGACUGGAGUCCUUCAGUUCAAGGUAACAUUCUGGGAGCAGGCUUCUUGGGCUAUGUGGUAACACAGAUGUUGGGUGGACUGUGGGCUGAAAAAUAUGGAGCAAAGAUUACCAUCAUUGGUGGUCUUUUUCUGUCAUCACUGGCUCAUAUACUUUCACCACUUGCCGCAUGGACGAGUGGUAAUCUAAUGAUAGCAAUGCAAUUGAUUCGAGGUAUUGGUCAGGGACUGAUUCCAGCUGCUCACUGUGUUGUAGCCGCCAACUGGUUUCCAAAGAAUGAGCGGGCCAUUCUAAAUGCUCUUUCCAUGUCUGGUUAUUGCUUGGGAGCUUUAGUGGGCAGCAUUUCAUCAGGCUUUAUGUGCUUGUCCCCCCUUUUAGGCGGAUGGCCCUCUGUCUAUUAUGUUUAUGGUGGCUCAGGACUACUUCUGUGUCUCAGUUUUCAAAUCUUUUUAUACGAGACUCCUAAGUGUCAUCCAUAUAUCAAAGAUUCAGAGUUAAAUUACAUAUUGCAAAACCAGGAAAAUGAACUGUCUCAUAAGAGACCUCCAACACCCUGGAAAAAAAUUCUUACAUCAGUGCCUCUUUAUGCUGUAACAUACGCGAUCUCCGCUGCAUUUUGGGUAGGAUCUCACUUCCUUUCAGUUCACUCCAUAUUCCUUGGAACGAUUCUGCACUUCUCUCUUGAGGAAAAUGGUUUUUUCACGUCCUUUCCACUGGCAAUUCAAAUGGUGUUCAGUUAUACAGGUGGAUGGAUAUCAAAAUGGCUAGAAACACGCAAUUACGUCGGAACGGAUAAACUUCGAAAAGGAUUCAAUUUGCUAUUUUGUAUUGGAUAUUCACUGGGCCUUAUUGGAGUAAUUUACGUUGGUUGUGACAGGAUGUGGAGUAACAUCAUAGCCAUUAUAGCCAUGGGCUUUGCUGGAUUUGUCUAUUGCGGCUGCAUGACCACAGUGAUUGAUAUGUCGCCUACUUUUGCAGGAACCGUGAUGGGACUAUCGUCCACUAUAGCUAGUUUGGCCUCUUUCAUCUUUCCAGUUUUGGUUGGAUUCAUGACAAACGAAAAACAAACUAUUGAACAAUGGAAUAAUAUCUUUUGGAUAUGCAUUGGUAUCACCAUGAGCUCAGGAAUAAUUUUUUGUGUGUUUGGUUCAGCAGAAGUACAACCGUGGAACGAUCCCUCAACUGAAACCAAACAUAAAACAGAAAGCAAAGAUACACUCGAAUUAGACUCUGAGUAUCAAAUGGACAUUGUUACUCAUAUGUGAAAUGAAAGGAUUCACAUUUUGAGUAGUUAUAUGUGCAGUUACAUGAGCUCAAGAAUAAAUUUUUGAGUGUUUGGUUCAGCCGAAAUACAACCGUUUAACGAUCCAUCAAAUGAAGCCAAACAUAAAAUGGAAAGCAAUGAUACACUCAAAUUACACUCUGAGUAUCAAGUGGACAUUGUUACUCAUAUGUGAAUUGAAAUGAUUCACAUUUUGAGUAGUUAUAUGUGCAGUUACAUGAGCUAAGGAAUAAAUUUUUGAGUGUUUGGUUCAGCCGAAAUACAACCGUUUAACGAUCCAUCAAAUGAAGCCAAACAUAAAAUGGAAAGCAAUGAUACACUCAAAUUACACUCUGAGUAUCAAGUGGACAUUGUUACUCAUAUGUGAAUUGAAAUGAUUCACAUUUUGAGUAGUUAUAUGUGCAGUUACAUGAGCUCAAGAAUAAAUUUUUGAGUGUUUGGUUCAGCCGAAAUACAACCGUGGAAUAAUCCAUCAAAUGAAGCCAUACAUAAAAUGGAAAGCAAUGAUACACUCAAAUUACACUCUGAGUAUCAAAUGGACAUUGUUACUCAUAUGUGAAAUGAAAUGAUUCACAUUUUGAGUAGUUAUAUGUGCAGUUACAUGAGCUAAGGAAUAAAUUUUUGAGUGUUUGGUUCAGCCGAAAUACAACCGUUUAACGAUCCAUCAAAUGAAGCCAAACAUAAAAUGGAAAGCAAUGAUACACUCAAAUUACACUCUGAGUAUCAAGUGGACAUUGUUACUCAUAUGUGAAUUGAAAUGAUUCACAUUUUGAGUAGUUAUAUGUGCAGUUACAUGAGCUAAGGAAUAAAUUUUUGAGUGUUUGGUUCAGCCGAAAUACAACCGUUUAACGAUCCAUCAAAUGAAGCCAAACAUAAAAUGGAAAGCAAUGAUACACUCAAAUUACACUCUGAGUAUCAAGUGGACAUUGUUACUCAUAUGUGAAUUGAAAUGAUUCACAUUUUGAGUAGUUAUAUGUGCAGUUACAUGAGCUAAGGAAUAAAUUUUUGAGUGUUUGGUUCAGCCGAAAUACAACCGUUUAACGAUCCAUCAAAUGAAGCCAAACAUAAAAUGGAAAGCAAUGAUACACUCAAAUUACACUCUGAGUAUCAAGUGGACAUUGUUACUCAUAUGUGAAUUGAAAUGAUUCACAUUUUGAGUAGUUAUAUGUGCAGUUACAUGAGCUAAGGAAUAAAUUUUUGAGUGUUUGGUUCAGCCGAAAUACAACCGUUUAACGAUCCAUCAAAUGAAGCCAAACAUAAAAUGGAAAGCAAUGAUACACUCAAAUUACACUCUGAGUAUCAAGUGGACAUUGUUACUCAUAUGUGAAUUGAAAUGAUUCACAUUUUGAGUAGUUAUAUGUGCAGUUACAUGAGCUAAGGAAUAAAUUUUUGAGUGUUUGGUUCAGCCGAAAUACAACCGUUUAACGAUCCCUCAACUGAAACCAAACAUAAAACAGAAAGCAAAGAUACACUCGAAUUAGACUCUGAGUAUCAAAUGGACAUUGUUACUCAUAUGUGAAAUGAAAGGAUUCACAUUUUGAGUAGUUAUAUGUGCAGUUACAUGAGCUCAAGAAUAAAUUUUUGAGUGUUUGGUUCAGCCGAAAUACAACCGUUUAACGAUCCAUCAAAUGAAGCCAAACAUAAAAUGGAAAGCAAUGAUACACUCAAAUUACACUCUGAGUAUCAAGUGGACAUUGUUACUCAUAUGUGAAUUGAAAUGAUUCACAUUUUGAGUAGUUAUAUGUGCAGUUACAUGAGCUAAGGAAUAAAUUUUUGAGUGUUUGGUUCAGCCGAAAUACAACCGUUUAACGAUCCAUCAAAUGAAGCCAAACAUAAAAUGGAAAGCAAUGAUACACUCAAAUUACACUCUGAGUAUCAAGUGGACAUUGUUACUCAUAUGUGAAUUGAAAUGAUUCACAUUUUGAGUAGUUAUAUGUGCAGUUACAUGAGCUCAAGAAUAAAUUUUUGAGUGUUUGGUUCAGCCGAAAUACAACCGUGGAAUAAUCCAUCAAAUGAAGCCAUACAUAAAAUGGAAAGCAAUGAUACACUCAAAUUACACUCUGAGUAUCAAAUGGACAUUGUUACUCAUAUGUGAAAGGAAAUGAUUCACAUUUUGAGUAGUUAUAUGUGCAGUUACAUGAGCUAAGGAAUAAAUUUUUGAGUGUUUGGUUCAGCCGAAAUACAACCGUUUAACGAUCCAUCAAAUGAAGCCAAACAUAAAAUGGAAAGCAAUGAUACACUCAAAUUACACUCUGAGUAUCAAGUGGACAUUGUUACUCAUAUGUGAAUUGAAAUGAUUCACAUUUUGAGUAGUUAUAUGUGCAGUUACAUGAGCUAAGGAAUAAAUUUUUGAGUGUUUGGUUCAGCCGAAAUACAACCGUUUAACGAUCCAUCAAAUGAAGCCAAACAUAAAAUGGAAAGCAAUGAUACACUCAAAUUACACUCUGAGUAUCAAGUGGACAUUGUUACUCAUAUGUGAAUUGAAAUGAUUCACAUUUUGAGUAGUUAUAUGUGCAGUUACAUGAGCUAAGGAAUAAAUUUUUGAGUGUUUGGUUCAGCCGAAAUACAACCGUUUAACGAUCCAUCAAAUGAAGCCAAACAUAAAAUGGAAAGCAAUGAUACACUCAAAUUACACUCUGAGUAUCAAGUGGACAUUGUUACUCAUAUGUGAAUUGAAAUGAUUCACAUUUUGAGUAGUUAUAUGUGCAGUUACAUGAGCUAAGGAAUAAAUUUUUGAGUGUUUGGUUCAGCCGAAAUACAACCGUUUAACGAUCCAUCAAAUGAAGCCAAACAUAAAAUGGAAAGCAAUGAUACACUCAAAUUACACUCUGAGUAUCAAGUGGACAUUGUUACUCAUAUGUGAAUUGAAAUGAUUCUCAUUUUGAGUAGUUAUAUGUGCAGUUACAUGAGCUCAGGAAUAAUUUUGUGUGUGUUUGGUUCAGCCUAAUUACAACUGUGGAAUAAUCCCUCAUCUGAAGUCAAACCUAAAAUGGAAAGCAAAGUUAACUCGAAUUAGACCCAAAUGCCAAACGGACAUUGUCUCUCAUAUGUGAAUAGAAAGGAUUCACAUUUUGAGAAAUUAUGUGUAUAGUUAUCAAGAAAAGUAUUUUAUAUCUUUAUGUGAAUUUCGAAAAAAAAAAUUUACUUCUUUUUAUAUAACUGCUAGGUAAAUUACUAUAGGAAAACUCCCUAUUGCAAUGACUUUCAUGACAUGACUUUAAGAAUAUUUCGUGCUCGAGAAGGCACUUUGAAAUUUUAAAACGUUUAUUCCAUCCCGGGAGGCAAUAUUUAUGUACAAGAAACGAUAACGAGACUGACAUGCAUUCACAUCGAUACAAGAGCAGAAGAGACCGAAAGUUUCCCUACGGUAGCUUUUACAAUGAAAUUUUAAUAGGGAUUCUUUACAUGUCUCGAUUUAAGAUAGGGAAUUAUAGGUAUAUUUAAAACAAUUUGCUUAGCUAGAUAGAUUUUUAUCCCUUCACUUGCAGCGUGUGAAAGUGCUGAUUAAAGCAGUUUCAUAGAGCUAGUUAGCAAUAAUUAAAUAAAAAAAAGGUGGACUUGGAUCAGGAAAUAAGAGAACAUUUUAGAUAAGAUAAUAUGGGUUAAAUUAAGAUAAAAAUUAGGGAAUGAAUUAGGAUUUAAUUCUGAUUUUGAGAUACCAUUACAUAUAUAAAUAUAUGCCUACACCGCUUUGCCCAUGUUAUCUGGUGCACAGAAUAACUAGAGUAAUUUUGUUUGGAGUUUAACUGGCUUGGAAUAUGUUGUUAGAAAUGUAAAAACCUGGGAUGAGUUCGUAAAUGGGCCAUCCAGCUCAAAGGGAAUGUAAAUGGUAGUGGGGAGGGUUAAAUUUUCAUUUCGCUAUAACUUCCCUAAUAUUGGGGAUAGAAGAAUAAAUAAAAUUAGCCAAAUUAGUGCCUCAUUAAGACAAACAACUUUUAGCCAAAUUCGUGUCUCAUUAAGACAAACAACUUUUGUAUUUGAAUUUUUCAGAUAACUGCAAUAUCUUAGAAUUUGGGGGCUGAAACAGGAUUUUCAAGCCCCCUAAUAUUGACUGUUUCUAACAUCAACAAUUUAUGUUGUCAGAUAGUAAAUUAGAUGCAAAGGAAUCUACCUUUGCUUUCCAGAGAUGAUUUUUUAAUUUCUUAUCGGAUUAAUUUUAUAUUGAUUAACAUCUUAUGAAUAUAAAAUACCAUUUCUUCUUAUACUUAAAGACAAGGAUAUCUAGAAAAGACUUACCAAUUUGUUGUAGUUAUAUGAAAGACCCCCCCCCCUGUAAAAAUGGUGGUUGAAUAAGCAAAAAGCAUUCCGCCCCAAAAUUUGUGAUUACAAAUUGAUUGCACUAUUAACACUAGAACUGCCGAUGUUAAAUAUAUACAUAGUUUUACCUCAUCCGUCAGCUUGACUAGUUUUUGAUCAUCAUGGCUUUCAUUAUCACUUUUGACUUAUUUUAUGAAAAAAAAAAAGAAUAUAAUUUAACAAAAACAACAUUUAAUAUAAUAAUUCAUUAAUUAUUAAUAAAAAAUAAGAAAAAUAGUUUGACAAUGAUUGAGUUCUAAUUACAUUUAACACAUUACACUGCGUUCCAAUUAGAGCUUUUAAUUCUAAACUGAAUAAUAAUUGGAAUAAAAUAGAACACAUUAUAAAGGCUGCCGAACACUUUAGAUUAAUCAAUAUAAUUUCAUAUUCAAAAUGUAAUUACAAUUUUUCUAGGAAAUGUCUAAAAUUAUGUAUAAAUGAUAAAUACAUUUUCAUUUCAAUCAUUGAAUUGAUGAUCCAUAAAACAUUAUAAACUUUAAAAUUGUUAAAGCCGUCAUUUUAACGGUCUUGAUAUAAAUCGGAACAGGUCAUAUUGAUUAUGGAAGUUAAAAUGGCUCAGUAGAAAUUGAAUAGAAAAUAUUUAAUUGUUCUUAUAUUUCCUUAAAGUCGGCAUAAAGUUCUAGAACAAUACAUAAAUUCUAUCAAAAUUUUCAAGCAUGAAAUUUCAAAACCGUCAAAAUGACAGUCUUGGCAGUUCUAGUGUUAAUAAUCUGUUUGAUUAUGUCGAGAAAAAGUAUUAGUCCCUUUCGAAAAGAUCAUAUAAUAUUUGUGUUGCAAUCAAUAGUUAAUUCCCCAAUUUAAAGCAAUAUUAUGGUUAUUUUGUGAUGACAUAGUAAAUUUAAAGUAUGGCAAGAUGACGAAGACGAAUCGUUAUAUCAACCGACAUCCUCUUUUCCAAGCUUCAAAGUCAGAAUAGAGGGCGAAAAUCGUCUCUCGAUGUUUGAGUUAAUAUGCAUCAAGGACACACACACGGUAUAUCUUCAAUGAAAUUGGAUUUCUUGCUCGGAAACAUUAGAAGCUGAAAUCUUAUCGACGAACCAUGCUGCAUGUCAUGGUUCGUCGACAAGAUUUCAUGAUAUGCUAUUUCUUAUCACGAUAUGUUAUUUCUCAUAUAUGAAAUUGUAUUGAUUGGAUAAGAUUAUAGUAUAUAUUAUUGCCCUUAACUAAAUAAUCCAACACGUUAUAUUAAUACAUUUAAAAGUAAUUCAUAUAUAAAAUUACUGAAUUUUUUGUAUUUGAAACUAGCCGUAUUUGGUGACCAAUUGGUUCGAUGGAUUAAUGGUUUGUUACAAGUUCUAAUUGAAUAUUUUGUAUAAUUUGGGACGAAUUAUUUCCUUAGAAAAAUGUUUUUAAACUUUAAAUUUUGAUAGACAUACAACUUUUUUUUGUAAUUGAAACUAGCCGCAUUUGGCACCAAUCGGUUCGAUAGAUUAAUGCUUUGUUAAAAAUUCUAAUUAAAUAUUUUGCGUAAUUUGAUCUUAAUAAAUUCCUUAGAAAAAUAUUUUUAAGCUUUAAUUUUUGAUAAACACAUAUUAUUUUUAGAAGCCUUACAAUUUUAUGUUUAUUAGGUUAAAUAUUUUCCUAAUUUUCGUCUCUAUUAUUGUACGUCCAAUUAUAUAUUUUAGUAGAAAGAGAAACAGUAUGAAAAAUGAAAACACUUUAAAAAGAUUUCAAUAUUGCUUAGUUUUGAAAUUAAAACUUAAAAAUAAAAUGUUAGCAAAAUUCAAUUAUUGAUCUAAUUAUUAAUUCAAUUAAUAAACGAAAUUUCAAAUUUCGAAAUGUACCUAAUAGGUAUUGAAGCUUACUGAAUACGAAAAGAAAAGGUGAAUUUCAUCAUCUAGAAUUGUAAAUAAAAGACUGGAGGAAAUAUUGGUAGCAACAAGGAAAGCGAUUUGAUACAUCGGCUAAAUAUAUUGUUGCAAAAUAUACUUAAAAUACUUUAUGGAUAUUCAUUAAAAAAUAUCAAAAAAUAUAGUGAAAAAAGUCGGUAUCAUAGAAGUAUCAUAGAAAAAAUAAAUAUUUCAAUUUAAAAUGAUGUAAAAAUCUUUUAUGUACUGAAUGUAUGUAUUUUUGUAUGUUUAUGUAUAUAUUAUGUAUUAUUUAUUUUUGAAAGUUAUGUUUAAGAAGCAUCAAAUAAAGGGAAAUUUAUAUUCGUUAAAAAAUUUCAAACAAUUUUUAUUUCUUUUACCAAUUUUAAAUAAAUUAUCUAAAAAAAUAUAUCUGAGCUGCACAUUCCUACCCUCCAAAGUUUAUUUGUGCCAGGUUUGGCAGCUUAGGUAAAACGCCUUGACUUUUAGAGUGACAUCAAAAAUAUAGAUGCACACACAUUUUUUUAUUAUUGGUGAAGAAUCUACAAUUAUAUACGAGUACUUGAUAUUCUGUGCUCCAUAUUUAAAAUGGAGUUGGUAAAUAAUAUGGAGUUAUUUUUGUAACUCAAAGAUAUGUAGGAGCACAUUUUACAUUAUCCAGAGGUGAUGCGUUCGCUCGUGAUUUCCAUAUAGCAUCAACUUUAACUGCCAAUUACCAACAUGGAUUUCAGAUAGUCAAAUCCAGAUAAAAUUGUCACCACUUGUUUUAAUAAAAUAGUGACUAUUUCUGUGAUAUUCAGUAAUUUUGCAUUUUUGAUUAACAUUAUAUUAAUUUGUAGUUUUUUGUGUGUUAUUUUGUGUGUGUAGUUUUUUGCAUAUU